UAGUUUUCGGAGAUAACUGCGCUUUCAACGGGUUCGUAAACAAUAUCCAAACGAUUGCUGUUGCUGCUCUUAACAGAAAUGGAAUGCCGUCGAUUAAAUCUGAACAAUGCAGUGCUGUCAUGACAGCUGCUGUUUGUGGAAAUUGGGUGACUACAUCGGCUGCAAACGACAAAGCUUGCACCACCAAAUUUGGUGAAACCUCAUGCGCUGCUGCUGUGGUGUCCGGAAUAAUAGCACUUGGUCUUCAAGCGAAAAAUUCGUUAACUUGGCGAGAGGUUCAGCAUCUGAUUGUGAGGUCAAGCCGAAUGGACAAUGUUCAUGGGAAUGUGAAGAAAACAUUGAACAAAGCAGGAUUUUUAGUGAGCAACCAAGUGGGAUUUGGUUCUCUUGAUGCCUCAUUAUUUGUAAAGAAUGCCAAAAAAUUCAAUCAAACACUGCCCUCGCAAUUGAAAUGUGAAGUUACUGUUUCUUCUGUGCCACUGACAUCUCACACCACGACGUUUAAUGUUUCAAUCAACAAAUUGAACUGCAAAAGUGGGAUCAUAAACCAUCUCGAGCACGUUGUGGCAACGUUUGACGUUGAUUAUUUUAAACGCGGUGUCCUUAGCGCUUAUAUUCAAUCGCCAAGUGGCACUUUGUCAAAAGUCAUUAGUGCUCGCUCGAUGGAUUCCCUUACAUCGGCAAGAAGGUUCACUAACUUGAAAACGCUAAGUCUUCAUUUUUGGGGUGAGCCUUCGUUUGGAUCUUGGAAAAUUUCUUUAAAAAAUGAAAUCCCCUUUUUUGGGUUUGGCAAGGGUACAAUUUAUCGAUUUCGUCUUUCCCUGUAUGGCACGGCAGACGCCCCAUUUAACAACACAUCAGGUGAUAAUUGUCAGCAACACAAAAAAGUCCAACUUCUGAAGGCGAUGGAUCUUAUGCUUUCCAAAACUUUCAAGAUUCCAAUGCUUGGGGAUAUUGCAUUUGACAUUGAAGAUCUAAGGCAAUUUGUCGGAAUUAGCUUUGGUAGAAGACGUUGUGCUAUCACUCAACUGGAAGUAGCAUCUACGAAGGCUUUUGAUAAACAUGGCCGCCAUUUUUCGAGAAAAUUUCAAUGGUCGAACUUGAUCACACUCUACGGCGAUGCGAUCAGGAAUAUCGAAUACUACGUACAUAGUUUUGAGCAGCUAGCAAUAACUUAUCCAUAUACGCAUGCCCAAGAACAAAGAACAUUUGCUAGGAAAGUUCUUGAACCUGAUGGAGUUGCAAAAUGGCUGUAUGACAUAAAUUUUCUUUUCCUUGGAAGAAGAGGAACACCUUUGACAGCUCAUCAACCUCUUAUGAUCGUCUUCAUGAACAGAUACAGUAAUGAAUCAUGUCUGCAGCCAUAUAAAGCUGCUGUUGACAAUAUUGGCGACAAUUAG